GAAAGUCACUGCUCUGAAAGUCACAUUACCACAAGCUGCAGUUUCAUGAUUGUACAAUGGAGCUGCGUUUUAUCAUGAUGCGUUUAAGUGUGUGGAUGCCUUGGUGCUGCUUGAUGUACGUCCAGGGAGAAAUUCUGUGCAAUAGUGAACUUCUAAUACACAGUAACAUUACUGCUGAGCUCCAGUCUGACGUCCUGCUGCCGUGUAACCUUCAUCCAACUCUUCUCGGAUCGGAUAAGACUGCAGAUAUAGCAGUAGUGUGGACUCAGAGGAACACAACAACACACAGUCUACUGGAGAUCUCUCUACAGGGCGACGUGAGGUUCUGGGAUCACAAAGGUGGACGUAUCAAGACGUUUCCUAAACUCUCUGAAUCAGGAAACUUCUCCAUCCUCCUUCAGAAAGUGCAGUUGUAUGAUCUGAGUCUGUACCGCUGUGAGCUGUUUAAUGGAUUUAACUGCAGCCUUGCGUAUCAGGAGAUACAGCUUGAUCUUGCUGCUGGUUUACAUCAGGCGAUAAUUAUCAUUGGAGCUUCAACAGGAGCAGUUCUUCUGUUCUUAUUUACAGCAUGUGUCUUCUACUUACGCAAAAAACCUAAACAGAAAAAAAUGGAUGUUGCAGGAAAGCAACCACACCCAGAGAGCACUGGCGGGUCUGUAGAGUGUCCAUUUGAUAACCCAAUCUAUGACAUAUACAGAGUACAGCCUGGCCCUGAGACGGAUGAAGCUCUUGUGGGUGAAAACCCAAUCUAUGAGAAUUAGAAGAGAGGAGACAACAUGAGAUGAUACCCGUACCUUCAUCAGGCUGCUCAGGUGCUUGUUCAGUCUGGACUACUGCAACUCUCUGCUGGCAGGCCUCCAUCUGAAUGUUUUUCGUCCUCUGCAUACUAGCCAAAUGCAGCUUUGCAAUCUGCCUAAAUUCUCCCACACCAUCCCACUGGCUCCCAAAAGCUACACGCAACAGAUUCAAAACACUGGUGCUUGAACUGAUGCUUGAGCCAAAAAUCGACUAGCACUUUCUUACAUCAAAGGUCUAAUCAACCCUCACUGGACCACGCUUCCUCACGCUCACGCUAUUGCUUGAUUGGUCCCACGUUCUCUCAGGGUAAGAGAUAUACAUACAUCUAGACUCUUCUUUGUUCUUGCACCGAGGUGGUGUAUUGAACUUCCCCUGAAUGUCUAAACAGUUGACUCACUGGCAAUCUUCAAAUGACGGGUGACGAAUUACCUCUUCCGAAACACUUAAGUAGCACUUAUUUUCCCUUUUUGUUGUAUGUCUUUUAUGUAAAAACAGUGUGCUAUAAUUCCUCCUAACAGAGUUUAGCCUGAUAGUAUCAAGUUUGCAACGUGGUGAACCAGUGUUGAUUUAUUCAUUGAUCGAGUCUCAAUGCACUUUUGUACUGCUAAACGGCGUAAAUGUAAAUGGAUUUGGCUGUCCAGAUGGAGUUAGGUAGGCCAUUCUACCAACAGAGAGUGGUGAAAAAAAACAUGCUUUUGAGUGAUUUUGUGCCUCUCUGCAAUAGAGCCACAAGUCGCUGCUCAUUUACCAACCACUGGUUUCUGAACGGGAUGUAGACGCAUUUGAGAAAUAGAAGGUAGGAGGGUGUGGAGCUUGUGGUUAUUCUGUAGGCAAGCAUCAAUGUCUUGAACUGUAUGCAAGCCACAAGGAAGCAAGUACAAACAGAUGAGAAGUAGUGUGACUCUUGGGCUUAUUGAAAACAAGAUGUGCUGCUACAUUUAAAAUUCAAGUCAAGUCUUAUUUCUAUAGCGCUUUUCACAACAGGCAUUGUCUCAAAGCAGCAUUACAGAAAUCAACAGUCAAGGUGAAUGAU